GUCAUUAUUUAACUUUAUGAUGAACACAUAUUUAUACAGUGUAGAUCAACGAAUUAAAUACGUGAAUAAUUUAUAAAUACAUAUAUUAUAAAUGUAACAACAUUUUUAUUGUUUAGGAAAAAUCAGAAAAUUGAUCAUAUGGCAAAACUUGAAGCAAAUCGGGAAAGGGCCAUUAAAAGUAAUCUUGCUGAUAAUAUUAUUCGUAUUUUUAAAUCAAGUGGAUUAAAAGGAUGGUACAAAAAGAAAGAUAAUGGUUGUACUGGGGUAACAAGUAAACUUCUUGAACUUCAUCUCAAGUUUUUAAAAUUAACUAUCAAAUUAUCAAAUGAUUAUGAAGAAAAUACUUAUGAUGAAUUGGUCAGUGAGCAUAUAUUAUAUAACAACACGAAUAAAAAAAAAUUUGUUUGCUCUUGCAACGAUCAGGAGAAAAAAAGAGGAAUUCACCAUAAUGUAUUUCAAGGAAAAAAAGUUAUCCCUUUAUGUCACCCAUAUUCAAACAACAGAACAUCUUUAUACCAUUAUCGAUUAGAGAUAUUUCCUGAUAUUAAUUUUAAGACAAAAGAGCCAACAACUAUUUACUAUAAUAAGAAAAGAUUUUACUUUGAAGGUUUUUCCUUAUUUUCACAUGAAUUAAUUGAUCAUACACCAGAUUACACAUUUUUACAGAACAAUAUUAAUUACACUGUUUCUUUCAUUAAAGAGGAAUAUUUUCCAGAGGGUUUUUGUAUCAAAGAUGUGGAUCUAAUUUGUGAUUAUUAUUUCCACGAUAUUUUUGAGCUAUAUGAUUGGAAUAUUAAAGGUUCAUCGACAAGUUGUAGACCUUUCCAUUUCAUGCCAAGAUUUGUUCGAGUUGUUGAAGAUUUGUCUAGAGAUAAGCCAAAAGAAAUAUUUCAAAUCCUUUCUAUGUCUGUCAUAAUCAAGCAUCUUAUCAAAUCAACUAAACCAUUUUUUAAACCUAAAACAGACACUCAUUAUACAAUCGAUCAAUGGAAAGAACUUUGUUAUGAGAGUUUGGGAUCAUUAGUUAUUAAUCCAAAAAAGAAACCACGUGCUAUAAGAGUUGAUGAGAUAAUAAGUUGUGGAGGAAAAUGUGGUUUAUCGGGUUCACCAAUCAUUAUACACACUACACUAAUGCAAUCUGGUUUAAAAAAAUCAGGAAAAAAACUUUAUGAAUUAAAUGAAAAGCUGAGGAAAGUUAAAAAUGCUGUUAAAAAAAGUGCAUCUAAGGAAAACCAAGAAUUAAUGCUCGAAAUUGAAAAUCAAAUUGAAAAAGAAAAUAAUGUUAUAAGUAAAGACCAAAAAUGGGUUGAUGUGCGUGUUGACAGUAAAGGCUACUAUAAAACUGGAUUGAAAUGGGAUGUUUGUCAGCAUACCUCUUAUUUACCACUUGUAUGGAAUUAUUUAUUGUUCAUGGCUUCACUUCCUGUACUCGAAAGUAAAAUAAAAUAUUCCUUCAAAGACAAAUCUCUGUUAAAGGUAGCUCUAACUCAUGCAUCAUUUUUGGAUCAGUCCUCUAUGACUUCAACAUUGUGUAAUAGUUUGCAAAAUUUAGGAAAGAAAAAACCUGUUGUUGAGAAGAUCUCCCGACCACAGAACUUAGGAUUCAAGAGAAAAGGUAUUGUAAACUUUACAAACGUAAUGGCAUUCCUGUUUUCAAAACAAGAAACAAAGUCAAGUUGUCUACAUAAUGAAAGAUUAGAAUUUCUUGGUGAUGCAGUAUUGGAUUAUCUUACUAGCAUGCAUCUCUUCCUUAUGUUUCCAGAAAAAGGACCUGGAAAGUUGAGUAUACUUCGUUCUGGACUUGUGCAAGGGGAACAUCUUAGAACUAUUGCUAAUAAACUUAAUCUUGUUGAUUUUUUACUCGUGAAACACAGGUCUCAAGUACUCCAAAACUUAGGAUAUUUUCUCGGAAAUGCUGUUGAAGCUGUUAUAGGUGCUGUGUAUUUGGAUGCAGGAUUAGAAAAAGCUGAUUCUCUUAUAACAAAUCUUUAUUUCAAUGAUGAUGAGGAGCUUUCAACAAUUUGGAAUAAAUAUAAAAAAGAUCCAUUGCAAAUUGAAUAUGAAAGUGGUGAUCGUCAUCUUAUAAAAGAUUCUUUGACAUUGCAGAAGUUUGUUACCCUGGAAAAGAAAAUUGGUGUUGAAUUUACGCAUAUAAGUCUUUUAGUAAAAGCGUUAACACAUUCUGUUAAAGGACUUGAUGAUGAAACAAUUACUCGAGGGAAUUAUGAACAACUUGAGUUUUUAGGCGAUGCUAUCUUAAAAUAUAUUUGCAGUGAUUAUCUUUAUAAGCACUUUCCAAAUCAUCAAGAAGGUCACUUGACGCUGUUGCGGAUAUCUUUGAUCAAUCUAAAAUGUUUAGCAAAAGCUUCAGAAGAAAUAGAUUUAAUCAAAUAUAUUGUAUUUCACCCAAAUCAUGAGCCAAGUACAACCAAUGAAAAAACCUUCUCAGAUGUUUUUGAAGCAUUUUUAGCUGCAUUACAUCUGGAUAAAGGACUUCUGCAUUGUCAAAAGCUCAUUGAAGUCUGUAUUUUAUCACGUCUUAAGGAGUUCAUUCUUAGUCAAGACUGGUUAGAACCUAAGUCUCAGCUUCAACAAUGUUGCAACACUUAUUAUAACAAAACAAAACCUGACAAGGUAGAACAUCCAGUGUACAAGAGAAUAAAGCUAAGUACCAUUAAUGGUGUUCAAAAUUUUAAAGUUGGUGUAUAUUUUAAUGGGAAACGUUUAGGAACUGGUCAAGGAAGAAGCCGUAAAGAAGCGGAGAAAGAGGCUGCAAAAAGUGCUUUAUCUAAAAAUUAUUUCGAGCUCCAACAUAGACAAAAAAAUAUUAUUUCAAAAAGAUACCAACUAGACUUAAAUCGGCGUAAUGCAAAUAGUCCGGAGAGUACUUCGAGUAGUGAUGUUUCAUACAGUAGUAAACGGAAAGCGUCUCCAGAUAAAGAACAUAAUUCAAAACGUAUUAAAAUUGUCAACAAAGAAGCAGAUAAGCUAAACUUCAAUAUAUCAACAAAAAAACAACUGAUGAAUUAUAAAUUAUAAAUAUUAUAAAUAUUUUUUGUAGUUAGGUAAGUUACUAUAAUAUAUCAAAAUCUUCAAAA